UGACAAAUCAGCCACAUUGCAUGGCUUUAACUUCCUAUUUGUUUCCUGGAAUAAAACAGAACAUGUUGGACGUAACGUUAACUAACUAGGGAAGAAUAGUGCAUAUUCCGACCAUGCACCAGGACAUUAGGCCUUAGCCAGGGUGCUGUUCUCCCCGCAGACCUCUGCCAGUGUGACGGUCUCUAACAAACACCGUUAGCGUAAGCGGACGAUGCCGCUAGCUGCUGCUAACCAGUCCCAGUUGAUUCGGUCCAGUCAGAAGGACGAAUACUACCGAACCUUCCUGAGAAACAAUUCCAACGAAGCCUUUCAGACUCUCGCUGGAUCCAAAAGAUGGCUGGACUGGAGGAGAGAGAUGGAGCUGCUGUCAGACCUCGCAUACUAUGGUCUAACCACCUUCUCAGGUUACCAGACCCUGGGCGAGGAGUACGUCAACAUCGUCCAGGUGGACCCCACUGAGCGCCGGGUCCCAUCCCGGGCCAGGCGGGGCCUCUUUGUUCUCUGCCACGCCUACUUCCCUUACCUCGUGGACAAAGUCCUGGUGUGCCUGGAGAACGAGCUGGAAUGCGGGCAGGACAGGCGCGGUGGUGGGCGGCAGCGGCGUGCGGCGCCCGAGCUGUGGUGGAGCCUGGAGUCGUGGCUGAGGAGGUGGAUACAGAGGGUGGUGGGGCUGCUGUCGGUGCCCCAGAGGAGAGCGUGCAUGGCGGCCACGUUCGUCCUUCGCCCGAGUCUGUCCCUCCUACACCGAUUCCACGCCGCGGUGUUCUACCUCAGCGGCUCCUUCUAUCACUUGUCCAAGAGGGCGGCCGGUAUCCGCUAUGUACGCCUCAUCUGCGUGUGGUGGCGCUCAGCAGGGACGAUGGAACCAUCAGGAGCAGCUACAGGCUGCUGGGGGCGCUGUCCCUCCUCCAGCUGCUUAUCACAGUGUGUCUGCAGUUCAACAGCUUCAGACAGAAGCAGCGAGCCAGGCACGAGUGGAAGCUCUACAGGAGCCUCAGUCCUCAGCGCACACACACCUCAGGCCCCACGGCUGCCAGCUGCAUCCUCUGCCUGGAGGAGAGGAGACACUCCACCUGCACUCCCUGUGGACACCUCUUCUGCUGGGAGUGCAUCACGGAGUGGUGCAACACCAAGGUCAGGCUGCUGCUCACUGAAGGGAUCAUGGUGUGAUGAAGAAUGUCCAGGGAGGGCUUUGUUUCUCACAGUCGUUAGUGGACAUUUAUUCGAUCUUUUAACACAUUAUUAUACGUUCAUUAAUUCAGGUGUGUGUGUGUGUGUGUCUGUGUCCGUCCGUCCGUGUCUCUCCCUCAGGCAGAGUGCCCCCUGUGUCGGGAGAAGUUCCAGCCUCACAGGCUGGUGUACCUGAGGAACUUCAGCUAGGACCACUGAGGAUGCCUCAGAAACACCUUCAUGCUCUCUAAUGAUCCCUGUGCCAUGUGGAAUAAAGCGUUGGAUUGUAUCAGUCAAAUAUUGUAAAUAUCUCUUUUAGUUACUUGAAAGAUUAUACUUAUUCUAGUAAAAUGUGGGAAAUAUUUGGUUUGAGGUUGUUUGAUUGUUUAGUUGUCCUAAAGUAUUUAUCAUCUAAAGCAGUGGUUCUCAACUGGUCUGGCUCCGGGACCCAUCAUCACCCAACCAUCACCCCUUAAUAACAAGCCGCGACCCAAAUCAAGGAACAUUCUCAACAUCUCAAAUGUAUUCAAAAUCAAGUUCAUAAGCUGAAUUUCAUAUUCAGGAUGUUUAAUUAUCCUAACAACCCAAUGUCUCCCCCAUAUCAGAAUGGUUUGACCCAACCUGGCACACGCUGCUGAAAACAUGGACGGAGAAGCCGGCAGAAAAAACGACACUCCGCUGCAUUAAAAGUCCCUUCAAAAUAAAAUCACAGGAUAAUAUUUUUUUUCUUCUCAUUUUUAUUUUCCCAUGCAAAGUGGGUCGCGACCCAACCAGUUGAGAAUCACUGAUCCAAAGUAUAUAGAUAUAGAUGACGAUUACUGUCAUUUCCUGCCUGGCGUUAAGGAGUGAAAUGCCUUCGAUAGCAUCUGACUCAGCAGCUGGACGCUCGGUGGGGCUACAAGUCCUUGCAACGUUGCUGGUUUUUAUAUUGGAUAUACGACAAAACAUAACAGUUUGGAACCCUUGUUGCUGUAGUAAAUUUGUUCAGCAACACAAAAGGAGAGCUAAUAUUUCAGAAUGCAGGUAUAGUAAGAGGGUAACGUGAAUGUUUAACACAUCGCCGUUAAAAGGCCUGUUUUUUUUCUUAUGCAGAUGAUGUACACGGCUUGUGUGGUUGCUACUUGUUAAAUUUGAUAUAUAAUUACAAUUUUGAAUAAAUUUAUUUUUGUACAUG